UACAACGCAUCUACAAAUAUGAAUUAAGUAUAAUAAAAAUAAAUAAAGUUUCAGUGGUCACCCAAAUAAAAUUACAAAAACAUUUAAGGCCUUCCUCACCACCACAUCACUGAGUCUUUGUUACAGUCGAUACCUAGCUUUUGUAUUUGGCCUAGUUUAUGUUGUUUGCGGUUCACCUGACCAUUGGCUUUUCCUGUUCAUGAUUUUUGCUCAACAUAUUAGAUUUGUUUCAGAGUUUUACAGACCUUCCUGCUAUCUGACAUUAUCUAUCUUGGUUUAAUUUUUCAGAUCAAAAAUCUGCAAUUUUAACAGGGGCAUGUAGACUUUUUAUAUCCAGUGACACCUGUCCAUCACACACAUAUACUGUACAGCAGGGGUGUAGGAGCGAUUUUGAACCUGGGGGGAUGCUGAAAUGCUGGCGGGGGUGGGGGGGGGGGUUUGGGGGAUGCUUUUCAUCCUCCUUUGUUCUCUUAUUCUUAAAAUAUUGUAGGAUACUCAUCACCGUGUAAACACUGUAACUAACGUUAGCAUUACAUCGUUUAUGGACACAUAGCAAUGGCACAUACACACAAUCAGCAAUUUCAUGGGUUGAAGGAGCUACUAUAUCCUAAUUCAAAUUCAAAGUGGUAAAUCUUUUAUCUAUAUGUUAGCGUGCUCAAGUGCACCUGAAUGCUGUGUUGUAACCACCAUCACCUAAGGACGUGAGUUUUUUUCAUGGAUGGUCACAGAAUACUCAAGUCAUCUCCAAAUGAAUCCAUUCCGCUUUCAUUGUGUAAGAGUAGCCACCUCUCUAAAAAUCCAUAGCAGGUUUUGUUUGUUACCUUGCAGUGACAGACACUUUGCUCUAUUCAAGCUUGGCAACAGGCAAAUGGUUGAGCGAGCCCUAGCUACUCGAGUCUGACCCCUGUGCUUAUUAUAGCGAAAGUUAAUUUUUUUAAUGAAAUAAUGUUUCUAAAAGUUGCAGAAUGGAUUCAUUUGGAGACUGUCCAACUCAAAAAUCCUCAUAGACAGGCAGGCAAUGCAAGAUAAAAUUAGAGUAUAUGCUUAAAAGUUUGAAUGGUGCCAUGUGGUAAUGUUUCCAUGCCCUGCUCUGGUUUCAUGUUUCAUGCCUCAUUUCUAGUUAAAGGAUAAAUGUUUAAGUACAUUAAAUGUGGUAGUGUUUCCAUGCCCUGUUUAAGUUUCAUGUUUCUUGCUUCAGUUCUAGUUUUAUGUUUAGACCUUGUUUCCCACCUCCUUGUACAUUGACUUUAGUGGAUAAUAAAGACUUUACUCCUACACUUACUUCCUGUCCCAGUCUUGAUUUGUAACAAUUAUUAAAUGAGCAUAUUACAGUUAUUCAGUUUAUUGUUACAUAAGCAUGAUUUUUGAUCCCAACCACAUGGUUACAUCAACCAUUUUCAAUUUGUUUGGAGGUGUGGUCAAAGAUCUGACAUUACCACAUAAAAAGUGUAAAUGUGUCUGAUUUCUACAGGUAUUCAUAUGCUGUCUUAACUGGACCAGGUCUAAGCUUAAAAAGUAUAGACUUUCUUACAAAUGUACUUGAAUAAAAUAUAUAAUUUAUUGAUAUGUAUUUUUCUUGUUAGUUAAAUGCAAGUAAGAUAUUUAACAAAUAUAAUUAUUAUUUGAUAAAGUUUGUUUUUUGUAUGUUCCUUGCCAGGUUAUAUUACCAGAUGACAUCUGACAUGACCUCUGUGCCACCUGCACCCUCUGAAAAUGCAACAUUUAUUCGCCCUUCCACUUUUUAUAUAAAUGGCUUUUAUGAUAUUCCACACACAAAGUACUUCUAUGCCUUUCUCUGCAUUGUCUAUGCUGUCACAGUUUUAGGGAAUUCUUUUAUAAUGUGCACCAUCUAUCUAGCACGUAGCCUCCAUACAGCAAAGUACAUUGUUGUGUUUAACUUGGCUCUUUCUGAUUUGGGUGGCAGCUCUGCUCUUAUUCCAAAGCUUAUUGAUACUUUUCUGUUUGAGAAUCAGGUCAUAUCAUAUGAAGCCUGUCUGGCAAACAUGUUUUUUGUCUUAUUCUUUAUGACCGUGCAGUCUCUUACUCUGCUUGUUAUGGCGUAUGACAGAGUAGUUGCUAUAUGUUUUCCAUUAAGGUAUAAUGUCAUUGUCACCAAAGCAGCAAUGACUUUAAUCAUUGUUAUUACCUGGAUUUUCUCUAUAACUAUCAUUGCACUCCUUGUAGCUCUGAUUACCAGACUGUCCUUCUGUAGAUCUGUAAUUAUCAACAGCUAUUUCUGUGCUCAUGGGCCUAUCUAUAUUUUAGCUUGUAAUGAUUAUUUUAUAAAUCGUGUCAUGGCUACAGUCUGUAUUGUUGUGCUGGAUUGUGUUCCAUUUCUGUUAAUAAUUGUCUCAUAUAUUUGUAUUGGCAUUGCCUUGAUGAAUAUCUCACAUGGUUUGGAGCGGAAGAAAGCUAUGAAAACCUGUACUUCCCACCUUAUUUUGGUGGCUUUAUUUUAUCUCCCGUUUUUAGGCACCAGUAUAACAUCUCUUACAUCAUCUAUAAAUACCAAUGACAGGAUAAUAAAUUCUGCACUGACACAGAUUAUUCCCCCCAUGUUAAACCCCAUUAUAUACACUUUAAAGACAGAGGAGGUCAUGCACGCCUCUAAAGUGCUCUACAAACGAGUCAAAGUGUUAGUGAUACGUGGCAUGCCCAGUGGACAGGUAAUUCACCCAAGGGUAGGAGUUGGGAGUAAAAAGUAAUUUCAUUCAACUAUAAUAACAUAUGUUUCAUAAAAUACUUAGUUUACUUAAAGCACUGAAGUUGUCUUGUACAAAUGAAAAUUCUAAUAUGUUGUGAAUUA